UCGAGCGAAACGCACGUGCUUGUGUGUUUUUCUGUGAAUUUCUCUUGUUUUUCCAUGAAAUUGUGAAUUUCCCGGGCGGUUUUCCGUGGUGCGUGAAGGAAAAAGUGGUGAAGAGUGGUACGCGAGUUGUUUUGGACCGAAGUUCGCGGUAUUUGUGGGUGAAUUUCAAGCCCACGUGCGUCCCGGUAAACACGGCCAGUACCGCAAGGAAGAACAGCACAUUUUCCACCUAAAAAAUGGUUGCAAACAAGAAAAAUGCCACGAAACGGAAAGCGGAGAACGGUACAGAGCCGGAGAAAGAAACCCCCGACAAACCGGAGCAGAGCGAUGAUGCCGAAAGCGAUUACGAAUCGGAUAAGGAAAAUCUGUUGGGAGAAAUCGAAAACGGUGACGAUAGCAGUGACUCGGAGGGUGAGGACGGCGAGGAUGGUGACGACGACGACGAUGAUGAGGUGCUGAGCUUCGAGAGCAUCGGUUCGGAUUACGGCGAGGAGGAGGACACGGAACAAGAGCUCAGCGGUGAUGAGGAUGCAGCGGAAGAAGGGGAAGAAUCGGCGGACGAUGUGAACAGUGACAGCGGACCGGAAGAGGACGAGGAUGGUCCGGAUAGCAGCGAUGAAGAGGUCGAAGAGAGCGAGGCCGAAGACGGUGCCGGUGCGGCCGAUGUUGAUCCGCUGGCCGACGAUGACGACGAUGAGUCGAAGCUACAGGAGAUCGACAAAGUGUUGGGCACGAAAGAGAAGAAGACACGCGGUGUUGCCGUAUUUCCUCCGGAACCGAAGCGUAAGGGAACCAAACCCAAAGAUGAGUACGCCGGCGGGGACACAUCGGACGAGGAAGACAUCCGGAAUACGGUCGGUAACAUACCGAUGCACUGGUACGACGAGUACAAGCACGUUGGGUACGAUUGGGACGCGAAGCGGAUCGUGAAGGCGAAGCAGGGCGAUGCGAUCGAUGAUUUCCUGCAACGCAUGGAAGAUCCCAACUUCUGGCGCACGGUGCGUGAUCCACAGACCGGCCAGAAGGUGAUCCUGUCCGAUGAGGACAUUGCCCUGGUGAAGCGCAUCAUGGGCGGUCGCAAUCCGGACGCCGAGUACGAUGAUCACGAACCGUGGAUCGAUUGGUUCACGUCGGAGGUGGAGAAGAUGCCGAUUCGCAACAUUCCCGACAGCAAACGGUCCUUCCUGCCGAGUCGGGUCGAGCGUCAGAAGAUCGGUAAAAUGGUGAACGCGUUGAAGAUGGGCUGGGCAAAGACCCGGGCCGAACAGGAGCGGCUAAAGGCAGCACGGAAGGGGCCCAAGUUCUACAUGCUGUGGGAGACGGACCACGGGAAGGAGGAGAUGCGUCGCAUUCACGAUCACGUGACGGCACCGAAGAGACCGUUGCCACACCACUCCGAAUCGUACAAUCCACCACCGGAGUAUCUGUUUAACGAGAACGAAAUGGCCGAAUGGAAGCGCCACGAGGAUGAACCGUGGAAGCGCAAGUUGCACUUUGUCCCACAACAGUUCAAGAGCUUACGUGAGGUCCCGGCGUACGAUAAGUUCGUAAAGGAGCGCUUUAUCCGUUGUCUCGAUCUUUACCUCUGCCCACGUGGUAAGCGUACCCGGGUGACGGUUGGUCCGGAGUAUCUCAUUCCCAAGUUACCAUCCCCGCGUGAUCUGCAACCGUUCCCGACGCUGCAGAACCUCAUCUACAAGGGACACACCGAUAUGAUACGUUCGAUCAGUGUGGAACCACUCGGUGAAUAUCUUGUCACUGGUUCCGAUGAUCAUACGGUCAAGAUUUGGGAAAUUUCAACUGCACGUUGCAUACGGACCAUCCCCACGGGAGAUAUUGUACGUUCCGUGGCCUGGUGUCCGAAUACCAAGAUUCCGCUCGUCGCCGUGGCCAGCGGGAAACGUGUGCUGCUCAUCAAUCCGAAGGUUGGCGAUCAUCUGUUGGUGAAGAAGAUGGACGAUCUGUUGGCGGAGGCACCGCGCUCGGAUACGAUCGACAACGAACGCAUCAGGACGGCCGUCCAGUGGGGCGAGGUAACGGAGGAUGACUACAAGCUGGGCGUACGGAUUGCGAUUACACAUUUCCGCGAGGUGAAGCAGGUGACAUGGCAUGGCCGGGGUGAUUACUUCGCGACCGUUAUGCCCGAUGCGGCCAACCGUUCCGUCAUGAUCCAUCAGCUGUCCAAGCGCCGUUCGCAGUUGCCGUUCUCGAAGAGCAAGGGUCUGGUGCAGUGCGUUCUGUUCCAUCCCGUUAAACCGUGCCUGUUUGUGGCGACCCAGCGACACGUGCGCGUGUACGAUCUGGUGAAGCAGGAGCUGCUGAAGAAACUGUUCCCGAACUGCAAAUGGAUCUCGAGCAUCGCGAUCCAUCCGAAGGGUGACAAUCUGUUGGUCGCUACGUACGAGAAGAAGGUGAUGUGGUUCGAUCUGGAUCUAUCGACGAAACCGUACCAGCAGCUAAGGCUGCACAAUUCGGCCGUUCGCAAUGUUGCCUUUCACUUGCGCUACCCAUUGUUCGCUUCGGCGAGCGAUGAUCGUAGUGUGAUCGUGUCGCACGGCAUGGUUUACAAUGAUCUGCUGCAGAAUCCACUGAUCGUGCCACUGCGACGGUUGGAGCAUCAUGAUCGCGUGAAUGAUUUUGCCGUCUUCGAUGUCGUGUUUCACCCGACGCAACCGUGGCUUUUCUCGUCCGGCGCUGAUCACACCGUACGCCUGUACACGUAGAGAAUGGUGGUGGGUACUAUGUUUAGGUUGGAAUGUUCGAGAAUCGCUAUUUUUGCUGGAAAAUAUAAUAAAAAGUCAGUGUUCUUUCACAUCGA